AUGCAAGCAUGUCCAUUAAAUUCCAAAGAUUUGUUAAAAUUACGAUGUCGAUUUCGUACUGGACAGUAUACUUUGAGUGAUUUAACUGCUGAUUCAACCAUCAAUGAACUACUUCAAACAAUUACUUCACUUGUAGGUGUUACACAAUCUCGUAUAUCACUUUAUUAUGGUUAUCCUCCUCAAAAGUUGGAUUGUAGCAUUUCAAGUCUUAGUAAACAUCUCUGGGAGAUCCCUCUUCGUUCGGGUGACAUGCUUACUGUUGAUGUAACGGAAGAAAAACCAACAAAUGUCAACUCACAAACUGUAAAUCAUCAACCUCAUGAACAUGAAAUAAUCACUAAUAAACAAUCUGAAUCACAUAUUGUCCGAUUAUCUGCACCAUCUGAUAAUUCUUGUCUAUUUACAAGUGUUCUUUUCUGUAUGAAUAAUGAAGACAAUCAUUUAAAAAUUGGUACAGAAGUUGUAACAAAUAUUGCUGAAGUCAGUAAUUUAAGAGAAUUAAUUUCCGGUAUUGUGUUAAGCGAUCCAGUCAAGUAUUCUGAAGCAUUCCUCGGGAUGUCAAAUGAACAAUAUUCACUUCAAAUUAGACAAUCAGAUAAAUGGGGUGGAGGUAUUGAAGUAUCAAUUUUAUCACAAUUAUAUAAAAUUGAAAUAUGUAUUGUAGAUAUUGAAUCAUGUCGAAUUGAUCGUUUUGGUGAAGAUCAAAAUUAUCCUAAAAGAAUUUUAUUAAUUUAUGAUGGUAUACAUUAUGAUCCAUUAGCACAAGAAUGUCCAAAUCGUAAUUGUUUAAUAACUGUAUUUUCAUCAAAUAAUGAUUCAAUUCUUUUUGAAGCUCAACAAUUAGCAUCAAAAGCUCGUGCUGAAUGGGCAUUCACUGAUCUUUCAUCAUUUACAUUACUUUGUCGACAAUGUGAUGCACCAUUAAUUGGUCAAGAAGCUGCACAAAAACAUGCACAAUUAACAGGUCAUACACAAUUUAGAGAAAUUUUACAUUAA